AUGUGGAAAACAAUAGCCAUUUAUAAUCCUCAAUCUUUUGUUGGCUAUUUUGUUGGUUUUGAAAGAAUCGCCACACGGAAUUACUGGAAAAUGGCUGACAAAGAAUCUCCAUCUGAACCCAAUAAAGAAAAUCCGGAUCAUGAUUCUGUGGAAAACCCGCUUCCCGACUAUAAAUCUACCCUUGAAUACCUAGUUCAAAAGUUCCAGGAUACCGGUACUUCCAAUAAACAGCACAAGUUUUGGGAAACCCAACCUGUUGGUCAAUUUAAGGAUGUUGGGGACUCGAGUUUGCCCGAGGGCCCCAUUGAGCUGCCAAAACCGUUAUCCGAGGUUAAACAAGAGCCCUACAAUCUCCCUAACUUGCUUGGUGAUAGGAUGACAAUGAGCCGUGCAAUUAAGCUUUACAAGUUGCCAAAUUCAACAUCAACCCCUGGUUUGAGGAAAAUGGAGCUCUGUGAUGUUCCUGCAGUUACUCGGCUGCUGAAGAACUACUUGAGCCAAUUCGUUGUUGCUCCUUAUUUUGAUGACAACGAAGUGGAGCAUUGGCUUCUUUCUCAGGAGAAUGUAGUCGAUAGUUAUGUUGUUGAUAGUCAAGAUACUCACGAAAUAACAGAUUUUAUAAGCUUCUAUACCCUUCCGUCAUCCAUCCUUAACAACCAGAAUCACUCAAUUCUGAAAGCAGCUUAUAGUUUUUAUAACGUCUCUACUAGAAUUCCACUGCUACAAUUGAUGAACGAUGCCCUUAUUAUUGCAAAACAGAAGGAUUUUGAUGUCUUUAAUGCACUGGAUGUCAUGGAGAAUGAGUCUUUUCUGAAGGAUCUCAAAUUUGGACAAGGUGAUGGCCAACUAUACUAUUAUCUGUACAACUAUCGGCUAAGCAAUGCUCUGAAACCAUCUGAACUUGGCCUCGUAUUAUUAUAA